AUUGUUUCAAAACCAAGUUCUUAAUACACUGACCUAUGUUUUAUCAGAGUUGGUCACGAGGAGCCAAGUAAUAUCUUGGGCAACAUUUUUUUCCCACUUUGUCCCCCGUGGUGAAAUAAGGGGCAUCAAAUCGAGAAGAACCAUUCGGAUAUUCCCAAACCUUCUCUUCACCCGCUGCCUAUAAAUACCCCCGUCCUCCCUGCAUAGAAACCAUAGCAUCGAACAUAACACAACAAGAGGUGAAAACAGAGAUGGGGAGCAAGAGGAAGAGCGCUCGUGAACCCCAAGGAAACCAAAUAUCAUAUACUAUUCCGGCCGAAUGGGACGGAGCCCCGAGGAGACCUGGGAAGCGCUACGUAGGGGUUCGGCAGCGCCCCUCAGGUCGAUGGGUGGCGGAGAUCAAGGACACCAUACAAAAAAUCCGCGUUUGGCUCGGAACUUUCGACACCGCCGAGGCCCUCCUCUCGAGGCUCAAAGCCAGAAAUUCUCCAACUAAAAAUAGUAGUGGUAGUUGUACUACUGUUCCCUCUCCUCCUCCUACUACCACUAUAGAUUUCUCUGCCACCUCAACUGAGUUUCAACGCCAGCAAGUGCCGCAGCAGCAACUGUACAGCAGUUCGGAUUUUGGCGCCAUAGACGAAUUCAGAUUUUCUGAUUUCUUGAAUGAUGAAAGCCUUUUCUCUACUACCCCCGCUCUUGCAGCUACGACUGCUACUACUAGUGGUGGCAGUAGUCCUACUUAUAGUAGCGUUGAGGAUAGCUACGUUUGCGGCCGAUUCGUGGAAGCUAGUUGUGCUGAACAAGAAGAAGGAAGCCCGGGAGGUUCGUCUGAGGAGGAGUAUGAAAGAUUGGGGCCUAUGGAUUUCGGGUUUGUUGAAAACGAGGAGGGGCUUUAUGGCCUUUAUUCGCCUUUCGAGAUUGCAGAAGAGGUUGCCGUUGGUUCAAUGGAGAUUGGGGAGGAGUCAUUGAUGUAUGUGCCCGCUGUUAAGAGGAUGAAGUAUGAGAGAAGGAUCUCGGCUUCUCUCUAUGCUCUUAACGGUAUAUCAGAGUGCUUGAGUAGAAGAAGUGGGGACGUAGGUGAUCAUCUGCGGGAGCUUAGCAACUCCUGCAAUAAGAAGAAGCAGAUGUUUGAGAUGGAGGAGCAAGUGCAAUCGGAGAACCGACAAAGCCCAUUUCACUUAGAAUCCCCUUCUCCAACUCCUCCUCCUCCUAUUUAUUCUUCUUAUACGAGCAACGAUGAUGAUUCAUCACUGUGGAGCUCUCUUGAUCUGCCUCAAAUAUGCUGGUUUAGUAAUUUGGCUGCUUGAAGAUUUCACCGGCAGACCCCGAUUAUUUUGGUUUUUUUACUUAACAUUUGUAGGCUUGUCAGCAAUGGCUCAUAUAAUC